AUGGACCGCCCGAGGGCGAAGAGCGUGGACGCGCAGAGGUUCGAGCCGCGGGGAGGGGAACUGGUAGUCCUGCAGCAGGUGCCGAAGUCUUGCCUCACCCCGCUCGACAAGCUCAUCGCAGAUUUCCAGGGCCGCGUGGGCAUUGUCCGCAGGGCUUGCGCCGACACCCGGAGGACCACCGCCGCGUGCGGCGAGGGGGAGUGGGAGCUGCCGAGCGACGAGGGCAGCGACGCGGAGGACGGCGCCGUGCGGAGGUGGAGCGCGCGCCUCGCGCUGCCACCCGUGGACGACCUCCAGGACGGCGCAGCGCGGAGGCGGAGCGCGCGCCUCGCGCUGCGCCCCCUGGGCGACCUCCAGCGCGACUUCUGCUCGCGCACGCCGGUCGUUGCCGCGGGCAGCGCGGCGGGGGCAGGUCCGAGGAGCUCGGCGCCGCAGGCGGGCGCGGCGCGCACCGGCGCAUUAGUGAAGGUGGUCCAGCACAAGGGCUUCGGCUUCAUCCUGCCGGACGGUGCGCAGGUGGCGGACGUGUUGCUCCAUUGUUCCCAGCUUGCAAGGGACGGGUUCCGGGACAUGCACGUGGGCAUGCGCGUGCGGUAUGUGGAGGAGACGGACGUCCGAACUGGCAAGCGGCGCGCCAAGACUGCGGCGGUGAUAGAGCAGGAAGGGCCAAGGGGCGCCACGACCGGCGUGGCGCUCGGCGACGCGGCAGGCGCCAGCUACAGCAGGGAUGAACUCCUGAGAGCCUUUGCGAGAAUCGGGCGGUCAUCCACGGGGUCAUCCCGCUGCAUGUUCUCGGUCAUCCGGGUUCCGCAGGCUCGUUCGUCCGAGAGCGACAGUUGCAGCAGCAGCAGCUCGGGCAGCGCUGGGGAGCACCAGUGGUCAUCUGGCGACUACCACGCGAGCUUCGACGACGAGUACCUCAUCGGGAAGUUGGAGGAGCGCCUCUCGAAGGAGUCUGGCUUCGACGACAUGAACGAAGAGACUUUCGGAGAGAGCAGCGGCUGGUCGUUCGAGGAGGCGGUGGCCGCCAACGCGAAGCUGGCCGCCACCCUGCCCUUCGGCCUGGGCGCCGCGGCGCUCGCCACCGCGCAGGAGGCAGAGAAGCACUGGGUCUCUACGCUGGCGAGCAGCACUACUGGCAGCGGCUCCAGCGCCGCCGGCUGCAGCCCCGGCGGGUCCCGCGACGAGAGCCCCGCGGGCAGCCCGGCGUUACGCGCGGCGAGGGGCGAGGAGGCCGUGCCGCUCUACGUGAUCGCGGGCCUGCAGCUCCAGUAG